GAUAGUUCAGAAUGUCUGUCAAGUCGAGUAUCAUAUUUUACAUUUCUUAAAUUCAAUGUUAUAAUUUGUUCAAUUGGAAAUGUUAGCUACUCAAAAACUUUUCGUUACCGUGAAACUUUCGUCAAACUGGCGGGGCUUGCUGAGAAAUGCUGGGGCCUUCCCCAAUACGGUUCUUCAAACGCAUAUAGUUGGUCAACAUCCCCGCAUUGCUGUCUUACCACAUUGUCAAUCUAAGCAAACCUGGAGCCAUCAAUUUCCUAUCCUCAAAGCACCAAGGGCAACGGCUAAUCUUCACUGCCUAUCUGGUGAUCGCGAGUUAGAUAAGAAAAUAAAUAAUUGGCUUGAAUGGGAUCGCAACCCAGAAACAUGGUGCACAAUUAAGGAUGCUAUUAAGGCACAGGAAUGGGACAAACUUCGUUCUUGGCUAAUGGGACGACUCAAAUUUGGCACUGCAGGGUUACGGGCAGAGAUGCGUCCUGGCUUCAACGCAAUGAACGACUUGGUUGUUAUACAAACUGCUCAAGGAUUAUGUGCCUAUUUAAAAGAACAGUUUCCGGAUAAGAAGAAGUGGUGCAAGCAAGGUAUAGUCAUUGGCUAUGAUUCGCGUCACAACAGUAAACGUUUUGCAGAGCUGACAGCCGUGGUGUUCUUAACCAAUGAAUUUCGUGUGAAUCUGUUUCAGCGUUUCGUUGCCACUCCUUUUGUACCAUACACAAUUCUGCGGUACAAUUGUCUAGCAGGUGUUAUGGUUACUGCUUCCCACAAUCCAAAGCAGGAUAAUGGCUAUAAGGUUUAUUGGUCAAACGGGACUCAAAUCAUAACUCCACACGAUGAUGCGAUCUAUCAGUGCAUACUAAAGAAUUUACAACCCACCAAAUGUUCGUGGGAUAGGAAUAUACUGAUUGACAACGAAUUGUUAUACGAUCCGUACGAUAGCAUUAUUCCAGCGUAUUACGAUGCUCUGAGAAGGGAAAUACCAAGUCAACUUCUGGUAGCCAAUGCUGAUUGUCCUUUAUCCUUUACUUAUACGGCCAUGCAUGGUGUUGGCUACGCAUAUGUUGAGAUGGCAUUUCCCACGUGCAAUCUAGACGAAGUUAUUCCUGUAGAGGAGCAAGUUGAACCAGAUCCAGACUUUCCAACGGCGCCACAUCCAAAUCCUGAAGAGGGCGAAAAAGUCAUGAAGUUAUCGAUAGAAACUGCAACAUCGAAUGACAGUCAAAUUAUCUUAGCAAAUGAUCCGGACGCUGAUCGUCUUGCUGUUGGAGAGAUUAUUGAUGAUGGAGAAUAUAAAUUAUUUACUGGCAAUGAAUUAGCUGCGCUUUUAGGCUGGUGGGCACUAGAGAUUUAUAAGAUGGGCACAGAGAAAGCAGACUUGGCCAAAUGCACAAUGAUAUCCAGCACGGUUAGUUCGAUGAUAUUAAAAUCGAUGGCAGCCGUUGAGGGAUUUAAUUUCCACGAAACAUUGACCGGCUUUAAGUGGAUAGGGAACAAGGUGAUCGAUGAACAGAAGGCUGGAAAGAAAGUGCUCUUCGCUUUCGAGGAAGCUAUUGGAUACAUGGUAACCACGAAUGUGAUCGAUAAGGAUGGCAUCAGUGCUGCAGCUCAUGUGGCGACCAUGGCAUGUUAUCUACGCACACAGAAAUGCAUGUCCUUGCAGGACAAACUGCGAGAUAUUUACGAAAAAUACGGAUUUCAUACAAGCGUCGUCAAUUAUGUUAUUUGUAGCGAUGUGAGCUUAAUUAAGACAAUCUUCAAGCGACUUCGCACAUUUAAGAACAACGAGAAAAAUACGUAUCCAACCAGUCUUCUUGAUGGUGAAUUCGAGAUUGAACAUGUUCGUGAUUUGACCACGGGAUAUGACAGCAGUAAGCCAGAUAAAAAGGCCACUCUCCCAGUCAAUUCCAGCACUCAGAUGAUAACAUUUACUUUCAAGAAUGGUUUCGUAAUCACGUUGCGCACUAGUGGAACAGAGCCAAAAAUGAAGUACUACGCCGAGAUGUGUGGAAAGCCGGAGGAUAAACGAUGGGAUGAGCUUGAAUUAAUUACCCGUCGUAUGGUUAAGGCUGCAGUUGAUGAAUUCUACGAGCCAGAGAAGAAUGGUCUGCAACGUAACUCUUAAAAACUAGAUGCAAACCUGUUAUUCAAAAACAUAAUUAUUGUAAACAUAUUCAGUCAGGUCAAAUGAUAAAGAAGCUGUAAACAGAGGUCAAUCCAAAGUCAAUAUACAGCAAAUUAAAAUUAUUAUCUGUCUUUCAA